CAGCAGUUGACAUCAACAAUCCCCAUCGCACAAACGCUCCAACAACGCAGCCGACAUUCAAGUGCAAGCGCUUAUGGCGAAUGGCGUUGGCGAGCUCCGCUUGUGCUUCUUUGUUCUCUGCUUAUUCCGCUGCGCACAACAGCCUCAGCAAAUAAAAUCACUAAAUUUAAAUUUUAAGCCACACCCACUGUGUCAGUCAGUUAGUGACGGUAGCCGCACAAUCCAAUGGGUAUAGUAAAAUUUUAAAAUGUAUAAAAUGUUGUUGGCGCGUGCUUUACAAUCUCAUUUGCCACACAAACACACACAUACGCAUGCACAUGUGCAGAAGCUGCCGUACAAACAGACAGACGUCACCCAAACACCACGAUUUGCCUUCAUAACUUUUAUUCCGAGAGCGGUGACUCUCUCGACCAACCGUUCGAGAUGCGAGUGCAGCACAGCACCGACUCACUCACUAACCGACCAAAACCAACACACUCACACAUUGCCACCACUCACUUGCUGAGAGAGCUGUGCAUUGCGCUCAACUGUGCGCUGGAGAGUGUGUGGAAUGCAUUUGAUUCACAUGGGGGAUGUGGCUAAGAGCACGUUUCCUAUUUGAUUAGAAUAUAAAAUAUGCGAAACUUGAAGGUGUAAUUGGAAGAAUCUAUUUGAAGAAUGUCAUAGGUGUUGUAAUCAUGAAAAACGGAACUUUAAAGUUUCUUUCUUUCUUACUUACAUAUUUUCCACACUCGUUGCUUGCUUAUUUCUCUUUGAGUGCUGAGCUUACUGGUAUAUGCGAGUGUGUGUGUGCGUUCGGAUCCGCAAUGAUUCGCACUCAUUCAUUCUCGGAUGUGGAGCAUUUCAAAAGUGACGAUGUCAGUUGGGGUUUCGUCGCUAAACAAGUUAAACGCGUUUUGCCUCACGGAUUCUAUAGCAACGCAGAGCCAUUCGCAUUCACAUUCGCCGGUUGUGAGUAGAAUUCGAUUGUUUGUGGACUUCAUCCCUGAAACGGCACUUCGCACUUCAAGUAUCGCACAUCCAUGUUUCCCCUAGAGUGCGAAAACUCGAAAGAAAGAUAAAAUUCGCCAAAGAAAGCAAGCAGAAAGAGUGAAAUCAUAUAGAAACGUGUGCAGAGUUGGUGGUAGAAAUGAGAAUUUCCCAACUCAAACUCGGAAAGUGUUUAAUCAAGUAAGAAAAUGCAAAUGCGACCGCACACACACACACCAACCGACUUGUAUCGCCAUAUAAGAAUACAUAUGCUGCAUAUGUGGACACACUUCUUGAGGAGGCAAUAAACUAAGUUCACGGCAACCACAAAGAAGACCGGCCAAAACAGUUGCAAUUCAGUCUCGCUAAGCAUCGGACCUUCGAACAGUUAACUUGACUCCCAAAUAAUUUGAAUAUCGAAAUUGCAGUUGACAGCCUAACAAACUCAAACAACAGUAAAUGAAAGCUGAAAUAUUAAGUGCAAGUAGACGAACUCCGAACUACGUACGCCUGCACUUGUAUUACGAGUACUUCCAUCAAGUUCCGCAAAUGUGUAAGCGUUUGUUCGGCUUAGUAGAUGUGUGAGCGUGUGUCUCAAGUAAUUCGCAGCUUAACUGUUAACUGUUCAAAGGCGAUAAAGUGAUCCAACAUAUCCGUCUACGAGACAAAACAACAACUGAUUACACUGCAAGCGCGUGAAAUCUUCAGCGACAUUACCGUCCACAUACCCGAUAACAACAACAACAACAGCGAUUCAUAAUCAUUAGUAAACAUUAUUGAAAACCUUAGCCAGCGGCAACGACCAGCGCGCAUCGAACAUCGAGCAUCGAGGUGUUUUGUGGGAAAUCUUCUUAUCGGCAUUUUAGUUUUCUGCGAAACACACACGCGCCAGGUCACGCUCACCGAGUAAGCGCUCAGCCAUUAGAACAGAAAACAACUACGAGUACAGAAAUGAAAGAAUAUAGUAAAGUAAUAUAAAAAUAGUAGAGUACGUGUGCAUUGAAAAGCAAACAAAAACUUUUAAUUUUCCCUCGGUUAUUCUAUUUGUUAUAAACAAUAAAGUGGCGUAGAAUAUAUUGAGUUACUUUAAAGACGAAAUAAUUAAUCGGAAAAGCAAAAUUUGUCGGUGUAUAAUUCGUGAAAAUGGUUAUGUCGGAGUUACGUUGGAGCACAGGACCUAAAGACAAUAACAAUUCGUUGAAGCAUGAUUUGUUGAAAACACCCACAAGUGGGCACAUCAUGCAAAACAGAUAUAUCAGCCGAUUGGCUCGAUCGCCAUCGCCACUGCAAUAUGCUGCAUCCGAUUGUGGAGACAAUAAUUCGGUAGCGGGGAAUUCCAGUGAUCGCUGCUUAUCGCCACAGAGUCCGCCAAUAUUCGCUACGCCACAGGACGAACACCAACAACAUCAGCUGCCAGCACUAAAGUCUCACUUGUUGGACGUACUGAACCGAGGUGAGAACGCGUUGGACUGUAAAUUAACUACGACAAAAGAUAUUGAACCUAUGCGGGACACAGAGUCCGGUGCGCUUAACUUGACCAGUGAGAGUUCGCGUCAGAGUCUGCAAUCGCCGUCUCCGUCUUUGAAAUCGCUGCGCGCUGGUCGCUCUUCACCUACAACGUCCGUUUGCGAAAGUGCGACAACCUUUACCAACAACACAUAUCCCAUGUCAAAUAUAUCCUCGCAACAGGCGCAACUCGCUGUGGCGGCGAGCGCAGGUCUCGGCCUGGGCAGUCCAUUAUUCUCCCACGCUCUCAGCACUUCGAUCUCACCGCAAGACUUUACGCAGUUUCAGCAAGCGCUACAACAACAACAAACCGCAUUGCAUCAACAAUUCCAAAGCUAUAUAGAGAUUUUGCGCAGUGGAUCAUUGGGCAUCUCGCCGGACGACCCAAGCAUGGCCACUCAAGUAGCUGCCGCACAGUUCCUAUUCCAUAGCCGUGUACAGGCGCUCACUCAAGCAACCCAGCAAUUGCAGUCUCUUCAGAAGCAGCAAGAGCUGCAGAAACAAUCCCAUCACCACCACCACAACCAACAGCAACAGCAACAACGAGAAGAAACUCCAAAACCAUGUCAUUUGCAUACAUCAACGCCGGCGCAUACGCCCAUACAAAGUCCCGCCUCAUCUCCACUGCCGCUACAAACGAACUUCAAUAUAAAUUCGCAUAGUCAAAUAACGCCGCCCAAUCCGGGCACUAGUCUCAAAGUGAGCGGGAUUCUGACGCCGAAUGCAAUCAGCGGCGCUCCGCAAACACCUCAAAUGCUAAAACAUGCCGGAGCCGCCCAGCGCUUGGCUGGAGAACCGUCGCCAGAGGAAACCACAGAUCUCGAGGAGCUCGAACAGUUCGCGAAAACAUUUAAGCAACGCCGCAUCAAGUUGGGCUUCACGCAAGGCGAUGUCGGCCUGGCUAUGGGCAAACUCUACGGCAAUGACUUUUCACAGACGACGAUUUCGCGCUUUGAAGCCUUGAAUUUGAGUUUUAAGAAUAUGUGCAAGCUGAAACCGUUGCUGCAGAAAUGGUUGGAAGACGCCGAUCGGACGAUACAGGCGACUGGAGGCGUUUUCGAUCCAGCUGCAUUACAAACUGUGAGCACACCCGAGGUUAUGGGUCGUCGCCGGAAGAAGCGCACCUCAAUCGAAACAUCGAUACGGGGGGCACUUGAAAAAGCCUUCAUGAUGAAUCAGAAACCCACAAGCGAGGAGAUCAGCCAAUUGGCCGACCGCCUGUGUAUGGAGAAGGAGGUGGUGCGCGUUUGGUUCUGCAACCGACGGCAGAAGGAGAAGCGCAUCAACCCGUCCAUGGACAGCCCGACCGGGGAACAUGGCAGUGAGUCGCCCUACAUGAUGAUGCAGUGAAGCUUUUGACUGCAAAUCUAAACCAGAAGUAAGACUAUGACUAAACCUGCAAGUGUUUUCCCAUAGAAGAACCUAUGAAUAGUGUUGUCGUCUAUAUAUAUAUAGAUAUGUAUACGAAUAUCUAAGUUGACUUGAAUUGUGUAACGGUGUUAACGAAAGGGUUCAUUUGUAAACAAAACAGAAUAACAGAAUAUAUCGUAAGUGUAUAUAGGCAGUAGGGAUAUUUUAUGGUAAAAGCUUAAUAUGUUUUAUAACUAAAUGAUAACUAAAGUAUUUUGUGUGUGUGCAACGUUAUUUUGAAAUAAGUUCACUGUGCGUUCUACUAACGGGAGCGUUUAAUUGUAAAUCUCAAUGUUUCUGGUGAAUUUUUGUUAGCUAGGUAAAUAGUAUUAUAAAGAAUAGCGGAAUAACCAGGGGUAUUUUGCAAAGGGUUUAUCACAAAAACACAGACACACACCCACAAAUCAACUUAUUAAAAGCAAAUUAUUAAGUGUAUUAAAUCGUAAUUUAAUUGAAUAUCAACCAAGUCAAGAUAAGUUCAAGAAGUAUAUGAGUGCAUCAUCUCAUUCAUGCACAAUAUAUAUGUAAGUAAGUACUUUAGUAUAGUGUAAGUGAGUAGCAUUUAGAUUAUAUUUAUUUGUUUUAAUACUGUGAUAAUAUAAGUAGAGGUUUAUUAAAAUCUUCAAAAUGAAAAUUCCUGUAAAAAUUCCACGGAGAUAAUUUAUUGCAGUAAAAUAAAAUUAUGUAAAAAAAAAAAAAACAAAAAAAAUCUGCGAGUUUUUAUUUUUACGUUUGGAAAAUAUAUACAUAUGUAUAUUUAUGCUCAAAUUUGGGUUAGAUUGAAGUCAUUUUAUUGUGUUGAAUUGGCGAGUGCUACAAACGAAUGUUGUUGCAACAGCACUUCUGCGGUGUUAGCGUGUUUUUUUUAAUCAAAAUUAUGAGAAUUUUACAGAAAUUUGUACAAUUCGAGGAGUUUUCCAUAUUACCAACUUAAGGAAAACUACGCUCUCAGAGCACUACAUACAUACGUUACAUAUUUCAAUCUAGUGGUAUGCAUAUAAAAGUCGUCUGUUUUUCCAAAUUGCAACUAAAUGACGAUGACAUCUAUGAAAUGCUGAAUAUUAAAAAAUACUGAUGCUAUAUUUGUUUAAAACCUUUAGUCCCAACAAACUUUGUACACAUGCGGAAGCUUCUAGCUUCUAGCAUCUACUUUAUGCAGAUAAUUUCGUCCAAGCGCAGAAAGUAUUGC